CUUUUAGUCUCAUUUUAAAUGAGAAAAAAGGUCGCUGAACAUCUCUAUCCCUACGACUUCAGACGUGUUUAACGUGACGCUUUACGUAAGCGAUGGGUUUAAUCCUAAAGCUUCAUUAACAUGAUGAUGAACAGGCUUGGGGUGAUUAGAAGUGUUAGUCUGUGAUUGUUUCACGUAUUUUGUAAUAAUUCCUGGUUCAGCUGGGUCGUGGUUACAGAUCAGAGUUGCUCGGGCUUUUAGAUCCCAAACGAGAGGUCGGGUCAUCAGCAGGUAAAACAUUAACGUUUGUUCUGCCAACAGAAAGGUGCUUCCUUAUUAGUGGAAACAGUAGAAGCGUGUGUCAGGUGUCACCCUAAUGGAGGAAAGGAGUUUGCUCAUUACCCCGGCAACCCAUGAAUCAACAUCCACAGUGCACCAACCAAUCAGAGGGAGACGCCACCAGUCACAGAUCCAGCUUGCGUCCGUCGUUCUAUGCAGCUGUGAUGAAAAACGGCUCCGGAAAGUAGGAAGGGUUACUUUUACGUCUACGAUGCUACGUUCAGAAGCAACUAACGUUUUUGGGGGGAAACCUGAGUGAGGCUCUUUACUUCAGUCGUCCUGCUUCUUGAAGCUAAUUCAGAAAGUUCCCGUUAGUCGUCCUGCUUGAUGGAGAGGUUCCAGUUGGCUCGGGUCAAACUGAGCUGGACAGCGCUUUUGGCUCUGGCCCACUUCACUUACCUGCUGGUCGGGGCCACCAUCUUCCAGAUGCUGGAGAGGGAAGCCGAGAGCAACAACCGGAACCACUUCCAGCUGGAGAAGCUGAAUUUUUUAGCCAACUACACCUGCCUGGAUGGACCUGCUUUGGAGAAGUUUGUUCAGGUGAUUUUAUACGCCUGGGAAAAGGGGGUGAACCCCUCGGGGAACUCCACCAACCCAAGUAACUGGGAUUUCAGCAGCUCUUUUUUCUUCGCAGGCACAGUAGUCACAACUAUCGGUUAUGGGAAUCUCUCCCCCAGCACUGUAUCGGGGCAGGUGUUUUGCAUGUUUUACGCCCUGUGUGGGAUUCCGCUAAACCUGGCAUUCCUCAAACAGAUGGGCAAGUGGCUCACCAUUCACCUGGGGCAGCUGGAGAAGGGGAUGGUGGCAGUUGUUCCUCACAAGCGCGCCGUCGAAGCGGCCACACUGGUUUUGUUUUUCAUCACGGGCAGCCUGCUCUUUCUGGUCAUGCCUCCUCUGCUGUUCAGUUACGUGGAAGGCUGGACAUUUGGCGAGGGCUUUUACUUUGCCUUCAUUACCCUCAGCACCAUUGGUUUUGGAGAUUAUGUGGUGGGAACCGACCCGGACAAGGAGUACAUCUCCCUGUAUCGCAGCCUGGCAGGAGUCUGGAUCAUCUUUGCUCUAGCUUGGCUCGCUCUUAUCCUCAACACGGGAGCGAGAAUAUUGGAAAACGUGGUUGUCUUGACUCAUCCGGGGUUUAAGAGGCAAGAGGAAGAGGAGGAAGCAACCUCCAGUAAACUGGAGGUCACAUCGAAGAUCUGAGGACAGACCAGCUCUGACUUGCUACUGUGACUGUUCUCUUGUACAUAUGCAGCCUCUGUUUGCUCGCUGGUAAACUCUUGUUUGUAUAACAUAGUCUUCUACCUCAGAUAAGCCAAAGUAAGCAGGAUUUAUUUUUCCUCCUAAAGCUUGCUUUUCCAAAUGGCCGCCUUGGAUCAGCGUCUUAUGCGGCUGUGUUUGUGCUCUUUUGGUUCUCACCUUCAUGAUUAGGUGUUCACACAGGAAGCUUGUAUGGUUUCUUUUGCAUCAGGUCACAGGUGUGUAUUUAGUGUGCUCAUGUGAGUCCUGCACUUGUGUGCUGAUGGGAAACUCCAAUGAAUCGAGCACGAAAGGAUCCCUUAAACAAACACAUCCAUCAAGACGGUGAUGUGAGCUGGAAAACGGGAGAGUGGCCUUCGCCUGUGGGGUGUUUUUGGUUUAAUUAAAUGCAGACGAAGCUAAAAAUA